AUGUUUAAUGUACUUGUCAUUUUAUUGCAUCGGCCCUUUGUGGCAGACGGCCAUCUGUACAGCACAUCCCGAGCCAUAUCUGUCGAUUCGUUCAAAAAAUGUGCAUCGGCAGCAUCGAACAUCAGCAGCCUCUUGCGCGGGUAUCAUCGCGCAUUUUCCGUCAGGCGAGCACCAUAUCUCAUAUCGUACGCGACUUAUGUCGCGGCGACAAUACUUACCCGAAUCGCAGCCAAACGUAGGAAUGACUCCACGGCACACGCAAAUCUCGCGACUUGCCUGGCCGUUUUUGAGGAGAAUCAAGAAACAAACUCGGCUGUCAGAAAGGCAGCCAUGAUAAUUCAUAAUCUCAUGAAGAAACUAGGGGUCACCAUCAACGUAUCAAUCAGCGCCUUGGAACUUGAUCCGCCCGGUCGAUUAUCAGAUCAACAACAGCCUAGUCAUAGCACUGCCGAGGGCAGUGUGAAUUACCCGAUGAAUGUCCAGGACGGCUCUGGGAAUCCUAAUACUACAGAACCUGCGAUAGUUACGCAUAUUGCAUCUCCUAGCCAGGUGGUGUACUCUCCGGACUCGGACUGGGUCGAUAUAGACGGAAUUAUCCAGAGCUUCCUCCAAGAGAACGGCGGCCGCGCCGUCAGGCCUACCGAGACCGAUUAUGAGGCCCUUUCUAAUCAUAUUUCAAGGACCCCACUGUCCAUUCCGCGCCAGGGGAGUGCCUUUGUUCCAGUAGCUAUGGAUCACGCGAUUUUUGUGGGCAACCAGGCUUCCCCUGGUCGGGACCUUUAUGCCACGAACGAUUUCCAUCGGCCUGAGGCAGUGCCGGGAACAUACCAGUGGCAGCAUGGGUGGCGAUCAAUGAAUAGCGAAUCUGCGCCUCUUGAUGAUCCGCUCUUUGGCUUUAACGGCUCGUCCAUGGACAGCUUGACACUGCCGGAAUGGUGA